CACACGCCUGUCAACACAUUCAUAGCACCGAGCGUCAGUGACCUGAGCUAAGUAGUAAAACCAUUUACAAAGGGAUCAGUGACACGAAGGGAUAGUGUACCAUGUGGCUGAAGGAAUGUUGCGUGCCAGAGCAAGAACUUGGUCAAUUUGUCAACAAAGCCUAACUCAAGUCUCGAGUUUUCGUACGUUUGUUGAUCGUGAACAGUGCUAAGAUUUUGUAAGUCUUAAAGGUGCUUGAUUAACAGACGCUGAAGGAAUGUCAUCAUGGGGAGGCUGUUAGAGGCUGAAGGAUGAGCAAUCUGAGCCUCAUGAACCCGGGGACAAGCCUCAACUUUGACGGGGCAGCAUUACAGAACCAGGAGGAAGCUGAAUACAGGAAGGAAGAGGAGCAACAACAGCAUGAGCUGCGGCAGUUGCUGACAAAUGCAUUUGACGACCUCCUGGAUGAUGACAUCUUGUCCGUGACAUCAGAUGACUCCGUCAACGUCAGUGGAUGCCAAGACCUAACAGAAGGUGGACGGACGCCUCGCAGAAAGAGAGCAAGUGGGAGAAUCUUGGCAGCCAAGGCCAGCAGUCAGGAGUGGGGAUAUCCAGUACCCCUAGCCAAUGGCAGACGUGAACCAGGGUCACAUGACAUAGGUUACACACAGACACAUGGAGAGACGCCAAAUUUCGGAGGCACAUACAACCUUUCUUCCCAAGCUCCAGUGCGGGAGUACGGAUCCAAUGAAUACUCUAAUCCCGAAGGUGUGACUGAUUAUAAAGGUCAAGGUUACCUGCAAUGGGGUGGCAGUGUGGAAAACCUUGACCCUGGCAGAGGUCAUAUUGAGGUCACAGAGCAAGCUCAGAAGCACGAGCACAUGCCAGGGUUUCAUUACCACCAACCUUGUUUUGACAAUGACACCGACAGGAUGAAUUCAAUGGAGAAUCGUAUUAUUAUCGGAGUUGAGAGAGGAGAAACGGAAGGCGGGAAUGAACAUUUAAGAGCAGAAGCACAAAACCAGCUCUGGAGUCAGAAUUAUAACCAGCAUUUUAGAGACCUCUACAGGGAAGAUGACAUUCCAGGGGGAGAUAACUCUCAUGAACAAUUUCAAACUGGUUCAAAUAAUUUCGCGAAUACUCAUCGGCAUCUUGAUAGUGAGAUUCAGAUUAACUUUGCAAAUGGACAAACCCUACCUGACAAAGCCUACGGUUUUGGACCUGAAUCGGGUCAGUUUUCGUUGAACACAGAAUCUCAACCAAUGGAACUUCAUUACAACCAAACCUACCACAGUUCUCUGGCAUCAAAUAUUAAUGAGGGUAUAAUAAGACACAUGACCCACAGACAAGAUGUUGGUGUACCUCUUCAGGGUCCACCGUCACCACGGAAACAGGAUUACCCAGAAUCCUACAAGGUUCAGUACAAAGCUCCCCAACCUGAGCAACCAAUUUUGUCGGCCAAUCAGAUGCUGCCAGAACCUGAAUCAGCCAAUCAGGAGAGUGCAGGCAAUCAUAGGGACUUCCUGCAACAAGACGGUGGAGAGGACGAGAGACAGCUGGGGCAGCUGCAGAUCCUCUACAAGGCUCGAGGUCGGCAGCUGGAGGACCUCCAAAGGGACCUUGAGACCCUCAAACAGGAGUCCGGCAGGGAGAAUCGCAUCCUCAAACACCAGCUCUCUCUGGCACAAGGUGAGAAAGGUGGAGGCUUGGCAUCCAGCUACAACACUAUCAGAGGCAGUGUCAGGAGCUGCUGCAGGAGACUCAAGGAUGAGAGACGCCCAGCUGCUGGGCUUGCAAACACUACAGGCCGUGGAGGCACAGGUGGAGAGUCUCAACACUAUCAGGGAAGAGUAUGUGAAGAAACUGCAGACGACCGAGACGACCCUUGAGAACUUGACACAUGAGCUGUCAAACCUGCAGCAGUCUGACAGUCUGGCCCGGGCUCUCAAUCAGCACGAGGCCGUGGUCAGCAGCAUGCAGCAGAAGUUUGACAAGGAAGUCCUUGACCUGAAGGAAAAACUGGACAUCGCCAAU